CGAGAGAUAUAUGAGUAACAUUGAUAACAUUAUUUCUCGAUCCGAGAAGUUCAGUUCACCACGCAGGAUUAUGAGCUAUCCGUUAAACGACAUGGUAAAUAAAAGCAGCGAGGAGUAUCAGAGACUAACGUGGGAUGCUCUUCGUAAGAGCAUCAACGGCCUGGUAAACAAGCUUAAUGCUGCAAACAUUAAGCAUUUAAUCCCCGAAUUGUUCGCGGAAAAUCUAGUUAGAGGCCGAGGUCUCUUUUGCCGAACAUGUAUGAAAUCUCAGAUGGCUUCUCCGGCUUUCACUGAUGUAUUUGCGGCUUUAGUUGCUGUUGUUAAUACGAAAUUCCCGCAAAUUGGUGAUCUUUUAUUGCGCCGAGUUCUCUUACAGCUUAAAAGAGCUUAUGUGCGCAACGACAAGCCCCAACUGCUGGCUGCUGUGAAGUUCGUUGCACAUCUAGUUAACCAGUUGGUGGCUCAUGAGAUUCUUGCGCUCGAACUACUAACAGUCUUGCUCGAGAAUCCCACGGAUGAUAGCAUUGAAGUGGCGGUCUCUUUUGUUACGGAGUGUGGCUCUACUCUCCAAGAUUUGUCACCGAAAGGUUUCUUCGGAGUCUUUGAGCGCUUCCGGGGGAUUCUUCAUGAAGGAGUCAUUCAUAAGCGCGUCCAAUAUAUGGUUGAGAACCUCUUUGCCAUCCGAAAAAGCAGAUUUAAAGGGUACCCGGCUGUUCGUUCUGAUCUAGACCUUGUGGAGCAGGAGGAGCAGGUAACUCAUGAGAUCUCACUCCAAGAUGACAACAUUGAUCCUGAGGUCAACCUUGAUAUUUUCAAGGUCGAUCCUGACUUUAUUGAAAACGAGCUGAAGUAUGAAAAAUUAAAGAAAGACAUCCUCGGCGAGGAAUCUGAUGAAGAAGAAGAAAAAAUAGACGAAGUUGGUGAUGAUUAUGAUGAACAGCCGAUGCUAAUACAAGACGAGACUGAAACUAAUCUUGUCGAUUUGCGGAGGACUGUUUACCUAACCAUUAUGGACAGUGUAUCGUACGAGGAGUGUGGCCAUAAGUUACUCAAGAUCAAACUCGAGCCAGGGCAAGAGAUGGUGAUAUGCAGUAUGAUUUUGGACUGCUGCAGCCAAGAGAAAUUUUACAACCGUUUUUAUGGUCUAUUGGGGCAAAGGUUUUGCAUGAUCAAACAAGUAUACAAGGACAGUUUUGAGGAGUGCUUCGUUCAGCAAUAUUCAAUGAUACAUCGAUUAGAAACAAAUAAGAUACGAAAUGUGGCAAUGAUGUUCGCCCAUCUGCUUGCUACCGACGCUCUUUCUUGGCGUGUGUUAUGCUACAUAUGCUUAAAUGAAGAUGACACGACUUCCUCAUCUCGUAUUUUCCUCAAGUUUCUAUUCCAGGAGUUGUCGGAACAUCUUGGUAUUUGUGGUUUGAAUAAGCGCCUUACAGAUCCUACUAUGAGCAACUCUUUUCAGUCUAUCUUCCCCAAGGAUAAUCCCAAGAACACACGCUUUGCUAUCAACUUCUUUUCGUCCAUCGGCCUUGGUGGGAUCACUGAAGAUUUGCGCCGUUACUUGAAGAAUAUGCCGCAACUUAUCAUGCAACAGCAGAAACCUGACUCAGAAUUUGGGGAUAAUGCUAGUUCAUUAGAGUCAGAGAGUAGUAGCUCUGAAUCCGAUGCGGAAUAUGGCUCAGAUUCUUCAAGUUCGAGUUCCGGCAAUGCUAGAAAACGCAGUAAGAGUUGCAGCAAUGUCAGGCACAAUAGAAGGAAGCUACACUAAAGAAAUAUGAUGUAUUGCAUACUUCCUUUUUUUUUCCGUAUGUAUUGCAUACUUCAAAGAUUAAAUUUUGACACAGUACAUAGUAAAUGUUAAAAUUAUGGAAUUUAUAGAUAAUUAGACCAUUUAAAAUAA